UUUCGAUAUUACCUACCCUUACCUUCAACUCUCACAUCCACCACCACCACCUCAUCCGAACCCGCCGCCAGCAAUAAUGUGCAAACAUAUCCUGAACGCCCAAGUCGCGAUCCGCAGCCCGUGCUGCAAGAAAUGGUUCGACUGUGCCGAGUGCCAUGCCGAGCGCGAGGACCACGCCCUCCUGCAGACCACCGAGAUGGUCUUUGCCUGCAAGAAGUGCAAGAAGUGCUUCCGUAAGCAGCUGGCCGAUUGGGAUGAUAGUGACGAGUACUGUCCUUUCUGCGACAACCGCUUCGUUCUGGAUGCUAAAACCCCGAGUCUCGCGCUGAAUGUGGAGGGCGAGGACGUCAGAGUCGAUGCGAGGAUGCUGAAGGACGAGAGGGUCAAGACGGACGAGCAGAAGACGAUAUGGAAUAUAGGCGAUGACGUUGCCAACAAGCUGGGUUAAUGGCGGUUGAGCUUCUGUUCAGUUUGGAUGGCAUGGGGUUGGGCGCAUUGGUUGGGGAGCUACAUAUCACUACAUAUUGCUUGCAUCACGGAGUCCAUCACAACACGAGCCA